CAUGCCGCUGCACAAUGGUCUUAUCGAGGGAGUACCUAUGUGGAAGAUGUUCAAAGUGAGGCAUACGGAGUUAUUGGAAGCGACAUGACCCGACAUGAAAUAUCACACCAUGGUUGUGUCUAUAUACGAGCAUCCCGGUCGGGCAUGUGUGGCCUCUCCAUCGAUCCGCGUGCUGAAUUACACAGGUCCGUGCUCAUCCUCACUUGUUCUAGACUCCACCAGAUGGGUGCGCCAUGCAUCAAGUAAAGAUCUUGGAUCCGUAUGAGCGCGUGGUAGGGUUGAGAUAUGGGGAUAGUCGAAACACUAUCUUACCAGCUGCAUACGGAUCGUCCUGGUGCAAUGUAUGACUGUCCGUAUGCCUCAAUGGCGAUAAAAACCGUGCUUCGAUAACCGUGCGACUACCGCCGCACGUCCGGUGUAGGCAAUGAUCAGCUGUGCGGCCGGCCUGUCCCUGGGCUUAUAGGCACUCGACCAUCAAGGUCGCUACAGAAGUAUCACCGCCGGCGUGGCCAUCGCGCCGUGUCGAUGCAGACAGUUCCUUUACGUCGAACUGACCUAAAAAAAAAGCGUGUCGUACUUCUCAUCGAUCG